AUGCACGUAAAUGCGUUCAAGCAAUACGUCAAAAUUUCGACUAGGAGUCGUACUGGGAGUACCCCUUCAACCCUUGAUAUCGUGAUCGCCAGACAUGGUUACUUGAUUGACCUAUGCGUAGAGCCACCCAUAGUUAAGAGUGAUCAUUGUGUUUUGAUCUUUUCUCUGGACACACCGAGGCUUGCAGAGAACCGUCGAAUGGGAAGAGAUUUAAAUCGUAUUGAUUUUACGAAAUUGCGGGAUCGAGCCCUUCAGAUCACUUGGGUCCCUGAACAGGACAUGGCCACUUUGGAACAGAGGUGGCUUCUACUUAAAGGUGGACUUGUACAGUUGCUAAACGAAUUUGCUCCUGUUCGCCCCAGGAAACAUCUUGGGAAACCCCGAUGGUGGAGAAGAAAAAUUGUUAGCGCGAUAAGGAGGCGCAAUACUGAGUGGAGAAAAUAUCAAGAAACUCGGGCUUCCGACGUUGGCUGCAAUACAAAUGGUGUCGAAACAUGGCUAUUAAGUUACAGCGGCAGGUGA